UGUCAAUUUCAUUAUGUCAUUUAAAACUCUUACGAAAACAUAACCUAUUUGUGAAAUUACAUAUUUUAAUUUCUUCUGUUUUUGUAACCUAAUCAUAAGUAAAUUAAUAAAAAAUGAGAUUGAACACGAUAUUCUAUACUGCACCUUCAAGCAAGAGUGCAAGAAGACCACAAAGGGAGCCUAUCCCUUUUCAAAUGCUGUUACCUUUACGACUUAAGAAAGCCGUGUCUGGUAAAGGAGAUAAAUUAAAAGAAGCUGCUUGUAUGCAAGAGAUGGCUGUAAUGUUUGCCUGCUUCAAGAAAGCAGAGUUCGAUCAGGAGCAGUGCUUGAAAGAAGUCUCGGCUUUUCAAUCUUGUUUCAAAGACUAUAAUGAACGAUCAAAACUUCAAAGAGAUCAAGGCAAGAAAGGUAUAUUGGUUCCUGGUGAAAAGAGCCUGACACACAGACAACUGAAUCAACUAUUAAAGUCAUUUCCACCUGGCCAGUAGCAUUGUAAUGUUAUAAAAGUAGUUUAUAUGUAAUUAAUAUAGAAUAUAAAUGAAAA